AUGGCGAAAGUGACAAAGUCCAGAAGAUUGUCCAAGAAGAAACAGAAUCUGAAAAACAAGACUGCCCGUCGUCAACCAGCUGAACCUGUUGCUCAAAAUGAUAAACCUUCCACUCCUUCCGCUCCAGCUUUGACGGGGCCUCCUGAGCUUCCAUCUUUGACAGAGGCUUUGCCUACUACCUCCCCUGCUGUCGUACGUGCAACCCCUCUUCAGAGCGGUGCUUCUGGCUUCUCUCCUCCGGAUCGCGAUGUUUCUACGAACAAGGGCCAGCGUAAAAUCCGCCUGCGCCUGCUCCUGCGCCCUCCCAUCAUCCCAGACCGUGGUGAUGUCGAAUUGCAGCCUGAGGAGCAGUCAAAAGCCCGUGAAGCAGGACUCCGACGCGCGAGAAGGUCUGAAAUCCAUCAACCCGUCAUUGAUUAUCUUGCCAAAAAGGGCUACAGUCGUACUGAAGCCAUGCUACGAAUGGAGUCUGCUAAUCAGGAAAUUGAUGGGCGUCCUCUCCCCCAGCUGGGGGAGGAUUCUCGCCCCAAGACCAGACAAGGAUUUGAUUUGCUGAAGAAUUGGGUCGAGGAAAACCUUGAUCUUUACAAGCCUGAACUGCGGCGUGUUCUAUGGCCCCUGUUUGUCUACUCAUUUUUCAACAUGGUCACAUCGUUCUAUCCUCAAGAUGCGAAGACAUUCUUUGAAACCAACAAGAACAUGUUCCUUCCUGAGCACACCGACGAUAUUCGUCACUUCGAGCCUAUCAGUUUACCGGAACACCUGCAAGAUAACUCCAUUGCCAAGCUCUACCGAAACAACAAAUACCGCAUUGUGCUUAGCAACCCCGCUUACACCAACCUGCUCCAGUUCCUGGAGAGCAAAGAUAAGGAAGGAGGUUCUGUGAUGAACGCAAUUCUCAGCAGCUUUUGCUCGAUCAAAACCCUGGAACGAGCCGCAGAUGACCGCUUCAGUUUCGCUGCCAUGUUAAGCCAGAUGAACGCGGAUCAGACCUCCCCUGCUGAAGAUGAAGGAAUUCCUGGCCAUCAUCCUGGCUCUGCUUACACUGGUGAAAACCCGGCCAUGGCAGGCACUUUGCCCCGUCUUAAGCUCGGCAAACUUCCUAUGGAGCAGCUUCUGGAGGAGGAUUUCGAUCAAAUGAUCAAAAAUGAAGAGGAUGACGAAGCGCCUUCUCGUGCUGACAUUCCAUUCCCUCCUUCUACUGCUCGUGACGUUCAUAUUGAAGUGCAAAAGGUCAUGGAGCAUCGCGAUCGAUUUGAGAUUAAGUCUCGCACAGGUGGUGUUGGCCCUGGCAUCAGUGUCUGCAUGUUCACAUUCCACAACAGUUACGACGGUAUCAAUUGCAUGGACUUCUCAGAGGAUAGCAAGCUUGUUGCUGCCGGAUUCCAGCAGUCAUACAUUCGAAUUUGGAGCCUGGAUGGCAAGCAAAUUCCAGCUGCUGUUCCUGAUCUUGAUGUUGCGCCACCUGCCAAUUCUCGCCGUCUCAUUGGUCAUUCAGGCCCCGUUUACGCUGUUGCAUUCCAGCCCUGCGCAAACGCUCGCGACAAUGUCUCCGAGGGCGAUAGAGUUCCGACCAAUGCACGCUGGCUACUUUCGUCGUCUGCCGAUAAGACAAUCCGCCUCUGGUCUCUUGAUAGCUGGCAAUGCAUGGUAGUCUAUAAGGGCCACGAUCGCCCUAUUUGGGACCUGAGCUGGGGACCCUUCGGUUACUACUUCGCCUCUAGUGGAUCUGACAAGACUGCCCGUUUGUGGGUGAGCGACCAAAUCCGCCAACAGCGUAUUUUCUGCGGCCAUGAGCAAGAUGUGGAUGUCGUCUGUUUCCAUCCCAAUUCGGCUUACAUUUUCACCGCUAGCUCCGACCACACUGUCCGCAUGUGGGCUGUAUCGACUGGUAACGCUGUUCGCAUGUUCACAGGUCACUCUGGAAACGUCACUGCCAUGGAGUGCAGCCGCGAUGGCAAGAUUCUGGCAUCCGCUGACGACCAAGGCCAAAUCAUCCUUUGGGAUCUUGCCCCCGGUAGACUGCUGAAGCGCAUGCGUGGCCACGGCAAGGGUGGUAUCUGGUCUCUGAGCUGGAGUGUGGAGUCCACCGUGCUGGUGUCCGGAGGAGCUGAUGCUACUGUUCGCGUCUGGGAUAUCGCUGGUUCCCAGGAGAAUGUUCAGGGCCGUGUCAUCGCCGAAGGUGGGACCGGCACCCGACUGGAUGCUGGCGGAGCCCCGCCCACCAGUCAGAACAAGAAGAAGAAGGGCAAGGAUGUCGUGGUCACCGCUGACCAGAUCAGCGCGUUCCCCACGAAGAGAUCCCCCGUCUACAAGGUCAAGUUCACCAACAUGAACUUGGUGAUUGCCGGUGGUGCCUAUUUGCCUAUGUAA